GAAUAGUUUUCAGAUUUUGGGAUGUUUGUUAGAUAAUAAACUUGAUAAAUUUAUUAGCAUACUUCAUUAUAGCACUAAUCAUUUGGUCUAUAAUAAGAAUAACUCAUGGAUUUAUAUUAAACUAUGCACCAUUCCGACAAUAAUAACGGAAAUCAUUUUGCACUUAGUCAAUAAACACUUUCGAAAAAAUUUCAAUGUAACAUGUUAUCAGGGUAACAAGAAGUUGAAGAGCGCACAAAAAAAAAUGCCAAACAAAACAAUCUUGUUUGAUUACAAUCUCACAAGAAAAUAAGAAGGAAAACAAUUACAAAAUUGAAAAAACACUCUCACAUUUCUACAUGAGGUAACCUUUCCAGGAAAGUUUUGAACAAAGAAAAACAAUACAUCCAAGAUUCAAUAACAAUAUGGAGAAGAUUUUAGCAAUUAGUCAGUGAAUUCUCUUGAACAAUGAACUACAUUUAUCAACAAAAGCCUGAACAGAACUUAUUUCUUCUAUUCUUCGUCAUUUUGCUGAGUAAUCAUCAAUCAGUUUCAAGUUUAAGUUCGAACGAAUUAUGCUUCAACAAAACAUGCAGUGGUUGCAUUGCUGGAUCACUAUCAUGUCAAGAAGGUGGACUUACGCACUUACCAGAUCGUCUUAGCUCUGAUAUUCAGUCUAUGAUAUUGAUGGGUCAUAAGUUUAAUAAUCCAACUUUAACCAGUGAUAACUUCUCCACAUAUAUUCAACAAAAUGUUAAACUACAACGUCUUACUCUUCGUAAUUGUGGUAUCCAGUCAAUUCAGUCACGUACAUUCCAAUCACUGAAGAGCUUACAACAGUUAGAUUUAUCUCAAAAUCGAAUCAAAGCAAUCUUGAAAGGUACUUUUGAAGGUUUACACUUGGAUUUUUUACGUUUGGAUGAAAAUUUUGGUUUAAGUAUUGAAGACGGUGCUUUUCAAGAUACUUCUAUUGUGUCAUUGUCUAUGAAUCAGUGUGGUCUCAAAGUAUUAAGUUAUAAUGUUCUUUUACCAUUGAUAAAUAGUAAACAACUAAGAAAUUUACAUUUAUCAGGCAAUCAGUUAACUACGCUAGAAAGUCGUCUAGAACCUACUUUCCUUCAGCUGCAAAGUUUAUCUCUGGAACAAAAUCCCUUUAAUUGUGAUUGUAAAUUAAGUUGGCUUGUAUCUGUAUUGAACAGAAGACAAGUACAACGACGUGCACGAGGUUUAUCAACAUUUGACGAUGAUAUCGAUGAACUUGAAACUAAUUCAUUACAUAAAUCGAAUAGUUUAAUGGAAACGAAUCAACAUAAUACACCUUUGGAUGGUGAUUUAUUAAAACCAUUAUGUCAUAAUCCAAGACGACUAAUCGGACGAAGUAUUGAAUCAUUAACUUUAUCAGAUUUUUACUGUGGUACACCGAAACUUCAAGUUAUUGAAGUUGACUUAGGUCAAUUAACAACUUUCUAUCAAAAACAAAAUAACAAGAAAAAAUUAAAAUCGGAGAAGUUAGAACAAGAAAAUGAUGAUUCACUUAUUAUAACUGUUAGAUGUCAUGUGAAAGGAUCACCAGAACUGCAAAUGGACUGGUAUCGUCCAGCUAAUCAUGACAACAAUAGUAAUUAUGAACAAAUAACAAAUAUUCAGUCAUAUUCUUCUACACGAACUCAAUAUCAUCCUAAUCAGCAGCAACUUAUUCGCAUUCCAAAUUCCAAAAUACUCAGAUCUGGUGGAAUCGAACUAAAAUUAAGUCGAAAAAUAAACUUAAAAGAUAAUAACUCAUUGAAACAGUCUGAUCAUCAGCCUACAAUAUCAACAACUGAGAACUUGAUUUGUUUUGCCACAGAUUCUAAUGGAAAUACAAGUGCUGAAAUAGUUUUUCACUGGCCAACUAUUGAAAGUUUACAAAUGAUAUCAGAUAAUCUUGGUAGUUUUCAGACAAAAGUUCAAAAUCCUUCCAAAUUAUCUAAUGAUAUUAAUGAAAAUAUUAUACACAAAGAGAUAACAAGAACAACUAAUGAACGUUCUACAGGUAAUUAUGAAAUUACACCUGGUUGGUAUACAGUUUUACAAGAUGAUCCAGAAAAUAUGUUAUUUCAGAAACAAUUCUCUGUACUUGAAAUGAUUGGUGCAGUUGUUGGAACAUUUACUGUGACACUAGCACUUUUUAUAUUUGGAUGUUGUUUGUUUCGAAUUCACAAACGUAGUCGGUAUAAAGUUCGUUCAAAGAUUUUACUACAUCAUACUACUUCAGAAAAUUCUUAUCGAAAUUUUUCACCAGCAUCAGAAAAUUUAAAAUCACCUCCUCAUUCAUCUGUUAGUAAUCAUUUAUUGAGUAAUACAUCUAAUAAUAACGAUAAUAGUGUUAUUAACCCCCCUAGUAAUAACAACAAUAAUGUGUCCUAUUCUCUCAAUCCUGUACCAAAUACAUUAGUCAAUUCUUAUACAACAAGUAAUUUUAUUACUGCAAAUGGUGGGACACUUGUAAAUGAAUUCAAUGGAAUGAAACAUUUAUCAUAUGUAACACCAACCUAUGAACCAAUUAAUAAUAGUACCACCGGUGAUUUUCAAACCUCUACAGCAUAUUCUGAUUCACAAACUUAUGACUUACCACGAAUUCUUCCAACACAUUCACCACCGAAUAUUCCUUUACCUCCAUUGCCAAAUGGAUUUAUUAACACUGCUAGUAAUGCUAGUCAUGCACUUAGCCGAUCAAAUGAAAUAGAACAUAACAAUACUAAUAUUAUCAAUACAGAUAACAAUAUUAAUAGUAAUAAUACUAAUGCACCACUUUUGAUGACCACUUUACCCUAUAUAAGGAAGACAGCACAACCUGUAAAUGAUGAUAUAAAUCAAUGUAUAGAUGCGUCAAUUCUAUCAUCAUUCCUUAUGAAUGAUACACGAACUUUAUCAGCAGCUAUGUCGACUGCUACAGCUGCGGCAACAUUAAAUUUACACAUGAAACAUCAACAACAAAAUCACCAUUUGAACACAAAUACUAAUCAUAAUCCAAUUACUCAACAUAAUCAGCAUUUUACACAAAAUAAAGUGAAUGAUAAUAUUGUAGUACAAAAUCAAUUGAUUGAUUUAAUUACUCGUCAAAAUCUUUUCAAUCAACAAUUGCACAAUAUACAACAUUAA